ACUUUGUUUUCCGGCAAUACGCUUGACAAGAACACAAGAAAGCAGGCGAAGCAGCAAACAGAAUGGAAGCAAAGCUCUGAUGCAAUACAGAGAGGAAUUAAACAGAGUAGAAGGAGAUGCAAAUCCAUAGCAAUGAUGCAAGGACUCCACCAUCAACAACACCAACUCGCUGCACUUCUUUCUGUUGCUCUCCCCACUGACGACUCCGCUUCCGCCUCUUCUUCAGCAACUGCCUCUGCCACCGCCGCCGCCUCAACAACUGCGCCCGCAACCACAAAAACAACUAACUCAGACGAUGACGACUCGUCUCGACUUGCUGCCAUUAACUCGCUCCACCGUGCGAUUCUCUUCCCUCCUAAUUCUCUCCUUGUGGCUCACUCUGCUUCUUUCCUUUCCCAGGGAUUCUCUCAGCUCCUCUCCGAUAAGUCAUAUGCAGUAAGGCAGGCUGCAGCUACUACAUAUGGAGCUCUCUGUGCUGUGCUUUGCUCAAUCCUUAUUGGAUCAAAAGGAAGGCAGAACCAUGUUAUGCUUGGAAGUCUGGUUGAUCGGUUUAUUGGCUGGGCUUUGCCGUUGCUUAGCAAUGUUAGUGCUGGUGAUGGAACCACAGAACUUGCAGUGGAAGCGCUACGGGAGUUUAUUGGUGUUGGAGAGGUUGUGGCUAUUGAGAGAUAUGUCUUGCCUAUCCUCAAGGCAUGCCAAGAACUUCUGGAGGAUGAGAGAACCUCCUUGAAUUUAUUACACCGGCUUCUGGGUGUUUUAUCUUUAAUUUCUUUGAAGUUUUCUCGAAUUUUCCAACCUCAUUUUCUUGACAUUGUUGAUGUGCUCCUUGGUUGGGUGUUGGUACCAGAUCUUGCAGAAUCUGAUAGAAGAAUUAUUUUGGAUAGUUUUUUGCAAUUUCAGAAACAUUGGGUGGGAAAUCUGCAAUUUUCUCUGGGAUUGUUAUCGAAGUUCUUGGGUGACAUGGAUGUGUUGCUGCAGGAUGGCAGUCAUGGAACACCAUCACAAUUUCGAAGAUUGCUCGCAUUGCUUUCUUGUUUUUCAACUGUAUUGCAGUCUACUGCUUCUGGGUUGCUGGAAAUGAAUCUACUUGUACAAAUUAGUGAAUCUCUUAGCAAAAUGCUUCCUCGACUGUUGGAUUGCUUAUCUCUGGUUGGAAGGAAGUUUGGGUGGUCAAAAUGGAUUGGGGAUUCAUGGAGAUGCUUGACUCUAUUGGCAGAAAUAUUAUGUGAAAGGUUUUCUACUUUCUAUCCACUUGCAGUUGACAUCUUAUUUCAAAGCCUGGAAAUGAAUAGCAGCGUCCAAACUGGAGUUGAUAAAAUCACCUCCUUUCAAGUUCAUGGGGUUUUAAAAACCAAUCUUCAGUUAUUAUCUCUUCAAAAACUUGGCCUCCUUUCAUCAUCGGUACAGAAAAUAAUACAAUUUGAUGCUCCAAUCUCUCAGCUGCGUUUGCAUCCAAAUCAUUUGGUAGCUGGAAGCUCUGCUGCCACUUAUGUUUUCUUGCUCCAACAUGGAAAUGAUGAAGUUGUUCAACAGGCAAUGACAAUGUUGAUCGAAGAGCUGGAGGUGUUAAGAGACAUACUAAAAAGAACUCUGAAUCUUGGAGAUGAGGUUAAAAGUGUUACAGGUUCUAAACCCUAUUCAAAAGUUGAGCUGUUUGCAUUGAUGAAAUUUGAUUUGAAAGUUCUGUUAACUUGUGUUUCCACGGACGGGAUAAACAAUUUGAUUAGCCAACCAGAUAUAGCUGCAAUUUACCUUAAUAGGUCAGAAAAGUUGGCAUCCUUUCUUGCUGAGAAAUUGGAUCCUUUUGAUCUACCUUUUCAGGCCAAUGUGGAGUUGCAAGUGAAUGUUAUCAAGACGAUGGACAGGGUAAGUGCAAUUGAGUUCUUGACCAUGUGCUGCAUGAGAAAUCAGACUAGCAAUAAAGCUUCUGCAGAUGUUGCUGAUGAAAAAAUUGGUAAUGACAGCUUCACGGAUGUGUAUGAUACUGUUAUUGUUGAGCAUCUGAGAAAAUAUGCUGUGAUUCUUGUUAAAUCUCUACAUGUUCUUUCUCCUCUUGCAGUUAAGGUAGUAGCCCUGGAAUGGAUCCAAAGAUUCUCUGAGAAUCUUAUUCCUAUUUAUGAGAAUUCAAAUGUGAAAACUUUUUUUUAUGAAGCAUUUGGAUAUAUUGGUAGUGUUGGAAAUAUUAUUUUCUCGGUACUUGAUGCUGCAUUUGAUAGGGAACCAAAAGUAAGGUCGCAUGUGGCUUUAGUUUUGGAGCUGCUUUUUCAAGCAAGGCUCAUAGAUCCCGUGUUUUUCUAUCCCGUAGCUGAAGUGGUCACAGAAAAACUUGGUGAUCCAGACAUUGAAAUAAAAAAUGCAUUUGUUAGACUUCUUUCCCAUGUCAUACCUACAGCAAUGCAUGUGUGUGGUUUACAUGCUCGAGGAACAUUCACCAAAUCUAGGUCAACUGCUCUUAUAAUAGGUAACAGUUCUAAUUUGCACUGGAAGCAAGCAUUUGCCCUGAAGCAGCUUCGACAACUUCAUUCUCAGCAACUUGUUUCCAUUUUGAGUUACAUAUCCCAAAGAUGGAAGGUGCCACUUUCUUCUUGGAUCCAACGGCUCAUCCACAGCCGUCAGAGUCCAAAGGACCUUCUCCUAUGUCAACUUGAGGAAACACGAAAAUUUGGUGCCAAUGCCCUAUGGAUGGACAUAAAAGUGGAUGAAGAUAUUCUGGAAAGAAUUUGCUCUGUUAAUAAUUUGGCUGGUGCUUGGUGGGCUAUACAUGAAGCAGCUAGAUAUUGUAUUUCAACACGCCUUCGAACUAAUCUUGGUGGGCCUACUCAAACAUUUGCAGCAUUGGAAAGAAUGCUUUUGGACAUUGCACAUGUGCUACAGCUUGACAUUGAGCAGAAUGAUGGAAACCUGAGUAUAAUCGGCUCUUCUGGUGCUCAUUUGUUGCCAAUGAGGUUGUUAUUGGAAUUUGUUGAAGCCCUAAAAAAGAAUGUAUACAAUGCAUAUGAAGGAUCAGCUAUUUUACCCUCUGCCACACGCCAGAGUUCCUUGUUCUUUCGAGCAAACAAGAAGGUUUGCGAGGAGUGGUUUUCUCGCAUACGUGAACCAAUGAUGAAUGCUGGUUUAGCAUUGCAAUGUCAUGAUGCUACAAUUCAAUAUUGUAGUAUGCGUUUGCAGGAGCUAAAGAAUCUUUUAGCUUCGUCUUUCAAGGACAAGUCCAGGCCACAGGUGUCUGAGAAUCUUCAUAAUAUCAGGGAGAGAUUUUCUGGAGACAUUUUGAGGGUUUUACGGCACAUGGCAUUAGCUCUUUGUAAAAGUCAUGAACCAGAGGCUUUGGUUGGUUUACAACAAUGGGCUUUAAUGACAUUUUCUUCCUUGCUUGUGGAUGAGAACCAGUCUCCGACUCAAAGUGGAGUAUCUGACCCUUUUUCAUGGAUCACUGGUCUGGUAUAUCAGGCUGAAGGCGAGUAUGAAAGAGCCGCUGCUCACUUCACUCACUUGUUACAAAAUGAGGAGUCACUCAGCUCUAUGGGUUCUGAUGGUGUACAAUUUGCUAUUGCACGUAUUAUUGAGAGUUAUACUGCUGUAUCUGAUUGGAGGUCACUAGAGUCUUGGUUACAAGAGUUACAGACACUCCGUUCUAAACAUGCCGGAAGGAGUUAUUCUGGGGCUUUGACAACAGCGGGCAAUGAAAUCAACUCAAUUCAUGCCUUGGCACGCUUUGAUGAAGGUGAUUUUCAGGCAGCUUGGGCAUGCCUGGAUUUGACCCCUAAAAGUAGCUCUGAACUCACACUUGAUCCUAGACUGGCCUUGCAGAGAAGUGAGCAAAUGCUUUUACAGGCAAUGCUGUGCCUUCUUGAAGGGAAAGUAGACAAGGUGCCACAUGAAAUCCACAAGGCCAAGUCGAUGUUAGAGGAAAUAUUGUCAGUUUUACCACUUGAUUCAUUAACAGAAGCACCGCCACUUGCUAGUCAGUUGCAUUGCAUCUUUGUGUUUGAAGAAUGUCACAAUCUUAUGGGUCAUGCGGUGAAAUCCAAGCAGCAUCAAUCAAUAUUAAGUUCUUACAUCAAGUCAGUGCAGUCUGUUAUGAACAGAGUUCAUCAAGAUUGUAAUCCAUGGUUAAAAAUUCUUCGGGUUUAUCGAACCAAUUUUCCCACUUCUGCAGUCACUCUAAGGCUCUGCAUGAGUUUAUCCAGUUUAGCCCGUAAACAGGGAAACCUAAUGUUGGCAAAUCGUCUGAACAACUAUCUCAGUAGCCAUGUGUUAAGUUGUUCUGAGCAGAGAAAUUGUGAUUUCUUAUUGUCAAAUUUGCAAUAUGAGAACUGCUUGCUCUUGUAUGCUGAGAACAAGUUUGAAGAUGCUUUUGCAAAUCUUUGGUCAUUUAUUCAUCCUUGCAUGAUUUCUUCUUCAUCUGCAAUAUCUGAUUCAGAUGACAAUAUUUUGAAGGCCAAGGCAUGCUUGAAACUUUCAGGUUGGUUGAGAAGGGAUUAUCCAGAUCUGAAUUUGGAAAAUGUUGUCCACAAAAUGCAAGUGGAUUUUAUUGGUGAUGAUAUUUCUUUGCUUAGUGGAGAUGGAUCAUCGGUCAAUGUUGGGAACUUAAGCAGUAAAUCAAGUCUAGGCGUUGUUAUUGAGGAAAUUGUGGGUACAGCUACAAAAUUAUCUGCACAGCUUUGCUCCACAAUGGGCAAAUCAUGGAUUUCUUAUGCAUCUUGGUGCUUCAGUCAGGCUAGAGACUCUUUAUUUGGCCCACGUGAAACUGUCCUCCACUCAUGUUCUUUCUCUUCUCUACUUCUUCCGGAAAUUAUGCCUGAAAGAUUCAGGUUGACUGAAGAUGAGAUGAAGAGAGUGCAGCAUGUGAUUUUGCAACUUUUUCAGAAUGAAUGCGAUGCUUUAAAUAUAGAGGGGGAAGAGUCGAAACUUUGGCCUAAUGCUGUGCAACAUUCCAGAAGUAAGAACCCUGUAGAGGCUUUGGUGCAGCAAGCAGUGGAUAUAAUUGAAGCUGCUGCUGGGGCACCUGGUGCAGAUGGUAAGCCCCUUUCUGUUACUGUAGCAUCACAGUUGCAAGUCUUACUAUGUGCUAAAGCUGGCCUAGAAGAAAAAGAUCUUUUAUCUCCACUUGAUGAUUUAGUUAAUGUUUGGUGGUCUUUGAGGAGGAGAAGAGUGUCUCUCUUUGGAUAUGCAGCUCAUGGUUUCAUGAAGUACCUUACAUAUUCAUCUGCAAAACUUUCUGAUUGUCAGUUGGCUGGCUCUGGGUGUGAGUCACUGAAACAAAAAACUGGCAGCUAUAUUUUGAGGGCUACCUUAUAUGUACUACACAUUUUCCUUAAUUAUGGAGUUGAACUGAAAGAUACAAUUGAACCUGCUCUUUCAACAAUUCCUCUUUUUCCAUGGCAGGAAGUCACUCCCCAGUUGUUUGCACGCUUAAGUUCUCAUCCCGAGCAACUCGUUCGAAAGCAAUUGGAAGGCUUACUAAUGAUGCUGGCUAAACAAUCUCCUUGGUCCAUCGUGUACCCAACACUAGUUGAUGUAAAAGCUAAUGAGGAGCAACCUUCAGAGGAGCUUCAACACAUUUUGAGUUGUUUGUGGGAGCUAUAUCCAAGAUUAGUUCAAGAUGUUCAACUCAUGAUAAAUGAACUUGAAAAUGUUACUGUUCUUUGGGAGGAACUCUGGCUCAGCACACUUCAAGAUCUUCAUGCAGAUGUAGUAAGACGCAUAAAUGUGCUGAAAGAGGAAGCUGCACGAAUUGCAGAGAAUGCCACUUUAAAUCAGACUGAGAAGAAUAGGAUAAAUGCUGCUAAGUACUCAGCCAUGAUGGCUCCGAUUGUAGUGGCCUUGGAACGCCGCCUGGCUUCAACUUCUCGUAAACCUCAAACUCCUCAUGAACUAUGGUUUUAUGAGGAAUACAAAGAACAACUGAAGUCGGCCAUUUUGACAUUUAAGACUCCUCCAUCUUCUGCUGCUGCACUUGGAGAUGUGUGGCGGCCAUUUGAUGAUAUUGCUGCAUCAUUAGCAUCCUAUCAGAGGAAGUCAUCAAUAUUGUUAGGGGAAGUUGCACCCCAACUGGCUUUGUUGUCAUCUUCUGAUGUUCCAAUGCCUGGCCUUGAGAAGCAACUCACAUUAUCUGAAUCUGAUGGAGGUCUGAACACUACUCUUCAGGGAAUUGUUACAAUAGCUUCUUUUUCUGAACAAGUGACUAUCUUAUCAACCAAAACAAAACCAAAGAAACUUGUUAUACAUGGUUCAGAUGGUGAGAAGUACACUUAUCUUUUGAAAGGACGAGAAGAUCUGCGCCUUGAUGCUAGAAUCAUGCAGCUUCUUCAAGCUAUAAAUGGUUUAAUGCAUUCAUCUUUUGCAACUCGUAAGCAUUUGCUUGCUAUACGCUACUAUUCUGUGACUCCAAUCAGUGGUCAGGCUGGUCUGAUCCAGUGGGUGGACAAUGUGAUAAGUAUAUACAGUGUCUUUAAGUCUUGGCAAAACCGUGUGCAACUGGCCCAGCUCUCAGCAAUGGGUCAAAACAAUUCAAAAAAUUCCAUUCCACCACCUGUUCCUCGACCAAGUGAUAUGUUUUACGGUAAAAUCAUACCAGCACUUAAAGAGAAAGGCAUAAGGAGAGUAAUUUCACGUAGAGACUGGCCUCAUGAAGUCAAGCGUAAAGUUCUUCUGGAUUUGAUGAAGGAGGUUCCCAGACAGCUGCUCCAUCAAGAACUUUGGUGUGCUAGUGAAGGGUUCAAAGCAUUCAGCUCAAAACUGAAAAGGUAUUCUGGAAGUGUUGCAGCCAUGAGUAUGGUGGGCCACAUUCUUGGUCUGGGGGAUAGACAUUUGGAUAACAUUCUGGUGGAUGUCUGCAGUGGGGAUAUUGUACAUAUUGAUUACAACAUUUGCUUUGAUAAAGGUCAAAGACUAAAGAUUCCCGAAAUUGUUCCAUUCCGCCUUACUCAGAUGAUUGAAGCUGCUUUGGGAUUGACUGGAGUCGAAGGUACCUUCAGAGCAAACUGCGAAGCAGUUGUUGGCAUUUUGAGGAAAAACAAGGACAUACUCUUGAUGUUACUAGAGGUGUUUGUUUGGGAUCCACUUGUAGAAUGGACACGAGGGGAUUUUCAUGAUGAUGCAGCAAUUGGUGGUGAAGAAAGGAAAGGCAUGGAAUUGGCUGUUAGUUUGAGUUUAUUUUCAUCUCGGGUGCAAGAAAUUCGUGUCCCUUUACAGGAACAUCAUGAUCUCUUGUUAUCCACCUUACCUGCCGUUGAAUCGGCUCUUGAGAGGUUUGCCGAUGUUUUAAAUCAAUAUGAACUUGCCUCUGCUCUUUUUUAUCGAGCUGACCAAGAGCGAUCCAGCCUUCUUCUGCAUGAAACAUCUGCCAAGUCAGUUGUUGCUGAAGCGACUUGUAAUUCAGAGAAAAUUCGUGCAUCAUUUGAAAUUCAGGCUCGAGAAUUUACUCAAGCAAAGGCUAGGGUAGUUGAGAUGGCUCAAGAAGCUGCAACGUGGAUGGAACAACAUGGAAGGAUCCUUGAUGCUCUGCGAAGAAACCUACUUCCAGAAAUAAAUACCUGCAUAAAGCUGAGCAAUAUAGCUGAUGCCUUGUCUCUUACGUCGGCUGUUCAGGUGGCAGGAGUUCCAUUGACCAUAGUUCCUGAGCCCACACAAGCACAAUGCCAGGAAAUAGAUAGGGAGGUUUCUCAGCUCAUUGCUGAGCUAGAUCAGGGACUUUCAUCUGCGGUAACUGGGAUCCAAGUAUAUUCUUUGGCUUUACAGAGAAUUUUACCUUUAAACUACCUUACAACUAGUGCAUUACAUGGCUGGGCACAAGUGUUCCAACUCUCUGCAAAUGCUGUGUCCUCUGAUAUUCUCUCUGUUGCCAGAAGACAAGCUGCUGAACUUACUGCAAAAGUACAAGGAGAUAAUCUUGAUUCUGUCAAACAUAGUCAUGAUGAUCUUUGUCUUAGACUGGAGAAAUAUGCAAUAGAGAUACAGAAAAUUGAAGCAGAGAGUGUAGAGCUAGAGAGCUCUAUCGGCUUGGAGACUGAAUCAAAAGCUAAGGAUCGUCUUCUUUCUGCUUUUGUUAAGUACAUGCAGUCUGCUGGUCUUGCAAGGAAAGAAGAUUCUAGUUCUUUUAACCAAUUGGGGCCUUCAAAGUUCGAUAUGACAAGGGAGGCUGGGUUGCCAGGGGAGCAUGAAGACAAGAAGGAGAAGGUGCUAUUUGUUUUAAAUGUAGCAGUAAACUCAUUGUACAAUGAGGUUAAGCACAGGGUUCUUGACAUAUUCAAUAAUUCUGCUGGAGGAAGAAAUGAAAACAAUAGAUUUGGAACUAUUUUCUCUGAGUUUGAAGAGCAAGUAGAGAAAUGCAUACUCGUAGCUGGGUUUGUUAGUGAAUUGCAGCAAUUUUUUGGUUGGGACAUGGCUAGUGUGGAUACAGAUGCAAGCCACCCACAAACUUAUCCUGAAAAGAACUGGGCUUUCAUAUUUAAAACCUCUUUGCUUUCCUGUAAGAGUUUGAUUGAGCAAAUGACUGAAGUUGCUUUGCUGGAAGUGAUGAGGUCUGCUGUUUCAUUGAAUUCAGAAGUUAUGGAUGCAUUUGGAUUCAUCUCACAAAUCCGGGGGUCCAUUGAUACAGCGUUAGAGCAGCUAUUGGAGGUUGAAUUGGAGAGGGCGUCCUUGGUUGAACUUGAAAAGAACUACUUUGUUAAGGUUGGCCUCAUUACUGAGCAACAAUUGGCUCUCGAGGAAGCUACUGUAAAGGGUAGGGAUCAUCUGUCCUGGGAAGAGGCAGAGGAGCUUGCUUCCCAAGAAGAAGCUUGCAGGGCACAGUUGGACCAACUACAUCAAACAUGGAAUGAAAGGGAGAUGCGGACAACUUCUCUCAUAAAGAGAGAAGCUGACAUUAAACAUGUCUUGAUUUCUUCUGAAUGCCAUUUUGAAUCUCUGAUUAGUACUAAAGAGGUAGGAGAGCCAAAUAUUUUAGGAAGUAAAGCACUGUUGUCCUUACUUGUUAAACCCUUCUCUGAAUUGGCUUCUGUGGAUAAAGUAUUAUCAACUUUUGGUGGUUGUGUUAUUUCUCAUUCUGAAGAGAUUUCUAAUUUAGCAGAUCUUAUGAGUUCAGGGUACUCUGUAUCUGAUUCUAUCUGGAAGUUUGGUGGCUUAUUGGACAACCAGUCUUAUUUUAUUUGGAAAGUAUGCGUCAUGGAUUCUUUUCUUGAUUCAUGCAUACAUGAUGUUGCUUCAUCUGUGGAUCAAAAUUUAGGAUUUGACCAGCUCUUCAAUGUUGUGAAGAAAAAACUUGAAGCUCAACUUCAAGAAUACAUGGGACGGUACCUGAAGGAACGAGUUGCUUCCACCUUUUUAGCUUGGUUAGACAAAGAAACUGAGAAUUUUAAACAAUUGACAGAGGCGGCAAAGGAACUUUCUGUUGACCAACUGAGAAAGGAUGUUGGUGCUGUCAGGAAGGUUCAGCUUAUGCUCGAAGAGUACUGCAAUGCGCAUGAAACUGCAAGAGCAGUGAGAUCAGCAGCUUCUAUCAUGAAAAGACAGGUAAAUGAACUCAAAGAGGCUCUUCACAAGACUGGCCUAGAGAUUGUGCAAUUAGAGUGGAUGCAUGAUGCAUUGAGCCCUUCAAACAAGAGCAGAGCUAUAUUUCAGAACUUUCUUGCUCAUGAUGAUAACUUGCAUUCCAUUAUCUUAAACCUCAGCAGACCUAAACUGCUCGAAGGUAUACAAUCUUCCAUAACACAAAUGGCUAGGUCAAUGGACUGCCUGCAAGCGUGUGAACGAAAUUCUGUUGUGGCUGAAGGGCAGCUUGAGAGAGCAAUGGGAUGGGCUUGUGGAGGUCCAACUUCCAGCAUGACUGGAAACAUGUCGAAUAAAACUUCAGGAAUUCCUCCCGAGUUUCAUGACCAUCUGAUUAGGAGACGGAAAUUGCUAUGGGAAGCUAGAGAAACUGCUUCAAACAUUGUCAAAGUUUGCAUGUCAAUACUAGAGUUUGAAGCAUCAAGAGAUGGGAUUUUUCGGAUCCCAGGAGAGACUUAUCCUCUAAGGACCAGUGGCGAUGGCAGGACAUGGCAGCAAGCAUACUUGAAUGCAUUAACAAAAUUGGAGGUUACCUACCACUCUUUUACACGCACUGAGCAAGAAUGGAAGAUUGCACAAAGCAGUAUGGAAGCUGCGUCAAAUGGCUUGUAUUCUGCAACUAAUGAACUAUGCAUUGCAUCUCUUAAAGCCAAGUCAGCUUCAGGUGAGCUACAAAGCACUGUUCUUGCAAUGAGAGACUGUGCAUAUGAAGCUAGUGUUGCUCUAUCUGCCUUUGGCCGUGUUUCAAGGGGCCAAACUGCUUUGACUUCUGAAUCUGGUACCAUGCUUGAUGAGGUUCUUGCAAUAACUGAAGAUCUGCAUGAUGUUCAUACCCUGGGAAAGGAAGCUGCUGCUGUACAUCAUUCUCUUAUGGGGGAUCUUUCGAAGGCAAAUGCUAUUCUUCUUCCACUUGAAUCAGUAUUGUCAAAGGAUGUCACUGCUAUGACAGAUGCAUUGACCAGGGAAAAAGAGACCAAGAUGGAAGUAUCUCCAAUCCAUGGACAAGCCAUAUACCAGUCAUACUGUUUGAGAAUUAGGGAGGCUAUUCAGACAUUUAAGCCUCUGGUACCAUCACUUACAUCAUCUGUGAAGGGACUAUAUUCGAUACUGACGAGGCUUGCACGAACCGCAAGUCUCCACGCUGGCAAUCUCCACAAGGCUCUUGAAGGACUAGCAGGAAGUCAGGAUGUAAAAUCCCAGGGAAUUAGUUUGUCAAGGACAGAUCUUGAUGAUGGUCCUGAUGUAUUUGAAGACAAAGGAAGAGAGAGUCUCUCCAGAUCAGACAGUGAGAGCACUAAAGAUUUCCUUGGUGAUACUGGAUUCUCCUUGCAAGAUAAAGGAUGGAUUUCUCCACCAGAUAGUAUAUGCAGUGGCAGCUCAGAAUCUGAAAUUACAUUAGAUGAAGCAAGUUUUCCAGAUGGCUUCAGCGAUCGAGCAGAAGUAAUUGGACAAUUUCUGCAUGAAUCUAAUAACAGUGUUGUGUCAGAUUAUCUAAAUUCUUCUCACUCUUCACAAACUCAUUACCAGGAAAUUUCACUAUCUGGUCAAUCGGUAUCUAGAUGUGAGGAGCUGAACAAUAAUAAUGAACGCCUGAAAGCUGUGGCAUCACCUAGUGAAGCCUUAACUGCAUAUGCUGAAUCUUUCCAGCCUCCAAAUGAGAGUAAUUCAAAGGUGAAAUUUGACGAUAAAGGAGAUGGCAUAUCCUCAUUAAGCAAAGUAAAUAUUGAAGAUGAAAAUUUUGAAGCUAAUCCUAAUUCACACAUUGGUAAUCGGAUGGCCAGAGGUAAAAAUGCUUAUGCCAUGUCCGUUCUUAGGCGAGUUGAGAUGAAAAUAGAUGGUCGAGAUAUUGCUGAAAAUAGAGAAAUUAGUAUUGGAGAGCAAGUGGAUUAUCUGAUUAAGCAAGCUAUGAGUAUAGAUAAUCUGUGCAAUAUGUAUGAAGGUUGGACACCGUGGAUCUGAACUUGUGUGGUCUGCAUUCUAAACAAAAGCAGUGAUCUUGAAUUUCUUGAGCGUGUCUGAGCAUCCUGCUGUAGUGCAAAUGCUCAUGAUAAUGAAUGGCUAGACUCGGGUCGGAACAUAUUCCUUGCUGGAGAAUAAGCUGCUGGACUUAUCGCCUGAGAAGGCCAUAUCCAUUUGGUUUCAGGAUCUCUCUUCCUCUUUUGUGUGAGAACUGCAAUCAAUUGGUUAUGUGCAUCUGGUGUUCUCCAUUUGUCCAAUGCCUUCCUUUCGAGGAAUUGCAGACUUCUGGGGCCAGAGGACAGACUCCAAUCCUGCAAGGGACACACCAACUUCAAGGACUUCAAACUGAACUCUUGUUGACAAACAUUCUGAGUGCUCCAGCCGGGACAGCCUGUGACGAGGUGACGAUAUCGUUGUUGACUUGAAAAGGGUUUUCAAAUUAACAUUUCACAAAACACAUUCUGUUUAAGGGUGCCAAAUUGGUGCAAAAGUCGGAUUGGUUGGUGGUGAAGCAAUGGUUUCUCCAGACAGUCGUUAUGCAACUCAGAUCGCCAACAUCCCUAGCGCAUUGCAGGUGGCAUGCGAGUUGUUCAUAUAGCAUGGGAUUAAAUAUUUAUUUCAUAAUCUGUAUGUAAUUAUAUGAAUCAUUCAGAAGUUAAAUAUUUAUCUCACGAUGCAGAAACCAAUAUUUUUAUAUCUAAUGCCAUAUUUUAUGAAAAUUUCGUCCUUA